AUGAGCAUUACAGUGGAAGAACGAGCAGAACUUUUGAAACUAGAGGACAUCCAAGUCGACGCACUAUCAAGCUACUUCAUAGACUUGGACGGUAUACAAGAGCUAUGCCAGGAUCUAACAGAGCUUUAUAAAAAAGAGCAAAUCUCCACCUUGGGAGAUAAAAAAUAUUUAAAAAUUCUAGAAAAAGAGGCCUGGUUAGUAGAAGAUAUAGCUUUAACUGCUAUAAACUUCUUAAAAACACACAAAAAAACACUGAAGGUAAUAAAAGAAUGUGCUUCAAAUCAUUCCAAUGAAACAAAGCCUAAAAAAUAA